GGGCUGAGCAGCGCCGCCUGUUUGGGCUGGCCCUGCUUGGCAGCUCCCAGGUGCACCCAGCAUGGGCAGAGGGCUGAGUCUGGGCGGGAGAUGGCUCUAGCCAUGCAAUGAAGCCAGGGGGUUGCUCACAGGACCAGGACGCUGUGCACACAUCUCGGGGGCCUUCUGCACCUCGUCCUGGGCCUUUGGGGCUGCCUCCUGGCGGAGCUCAACAGGGCCAGGCGGCAGCUGCCUGAACCACCUGUGGGUGUCCCAGCCGACUGGGGAGAGACAGCCACAUUCCAGGCUCCAGGCUGGCAGGGAAGCGUGGCCGCGAGUUCCAACAGGAGGGCAGCCAAGCUCAGGGAGGCAAGCGCUGAGGAGUAGUUCCUCCCCCGACGGGAGGCCCCAGGCUGAGAAGAUGGAAGAACAGGUGUUCAAAGGGGACCCGGACACCCCUCAUUCCAUCUCCUUCUCGGGCAGUGGAUUCCUCUCCUUCUACCAGGCCGGGGCUGUGGACGCCCUUCGGGACCUGGCCCCCCGGAUGCUGGAAACGGCCCAUCGCUUUGCCGGGACAUCAGCAGGUGCUGUGAUCGCGGCCCUGGCCAUCUGCGGGAUUGAAAUGGACGAGUACCUCCGAGUCCUCAAUGUGGGUGUGGCCGAGGUGAAGAAAUCCUUCCUGGGGCCCUUGUCCCCGUCCUGCAAGAUGGUGCCGAUGAUGAGGCAGUUUCUGUACCGGGUCCUACCUGAGGACUCCUACAAGGUCACCACGGGGAAGCUCCACGUGGCCCUCACCCGGCUCACGGAUGGAGAGAGUGUCGUGGUUUCAGAGUUUACAUCUAAGGAAGAACUCAUUGAGGCCCUGUACUGCAGCUGCUUUGUCCCCGUGUACUGCGGCCUCAUCCCCCCGACUUACCGUGGCGUGCGGUACAUAGAUGGGGGCUUCACGGGCAUGCAGCCCUGCUCCUUCUGGACCGACUCCAUCACCAUCUCCACCUUCAGUGGGCAGCAGGACAUCUGUCCCCGGGACUGCCCCGCCAUCUUCCACGACUUCCGCAUAUUCAACUGCUCCUUCCAGUUCUCCCUGGAGAACAUCGCCAGGAUGACCCACGCCUUGUUCCCUCCAGACCUGGUGAUCCUGCAUGAUUACUACUACCGCGGGUACGAGGAUGUCGUUUUGUACUUGAGGCGGCUGAAUGCUGCGUACCUGAAUUCUCCCUCCAAGAGAGUGAUGUUCCCCCGCGUAGAAGUGUACUGCCAGAUAGAGCUCGCCCUCAGCAAUGAGUGCCCUGAACAUAGCCAACCAAACCUUCAAACAAAACAGGCUAAUCGGGAAGAAUCUAUACAACUUCACACACAGUGGGCUCCGAAAGGGGAAGGAGGGGGUGGCCAUGGUCCACCUGUGUCCCCACCUGUGCAGACUCCUGAAUCUACAUGUGAGAGGCCUGUGGAGUCACCUGAUUCGCCGCCUGUCUCUUCAUGUGAGCAGUCGCCUGCAUCGCCCCUUCCCUCUUCAUCAUCACAUCCUCCAACUGACUUGCCACCUGUAUCCCUCUCAGCUGUGCACUUGCCACCCAGCUCAACACCUGGGCUGUCGCCUGUAUCACCACAGCAGCAGGUACAACAAGCGACUGGAUCACCAUCCAGAUCCCCACCCUCCUGGUCCCCUGUGUCACCCAGGCCAUGCCUGGGGCCUUCGGCUGUGGGGGCACCUCAAACAUUGCCCCUAUGUUCUCCUUCAACAUCACCCACACAGCCACCUGUGGAGGAUCUGGGCCCAGAGCAACCCCAAGCCCCCCUUGACUCUUCAAAUCCAAAAAGCGCUGUGCCUCUGGUUAAUGUGAAGGAAACCACCAGCGAGCCUCACGCAACGGAGAGCCCUGCUGGAGACUCCAAGUGGGUGAACAAGGUAUUCAAGAAGAGCAAACAGAGGACAAGCGGCACCAGAAGGGGCUUCCCAAGACAUCCACGAUCCAAGAAACCUGGCAGCGAAGUGCAGUCUGCUCCCUGCCCACUCGACUUCUCUCUGCUCUCCACUUCUCAGACGGUUUGGGACUACCAGCCUCAUUUCAGCCGGAUCCAGGACUACAGCUGCCCUGAGGUGUGGAACUCCCCAGGGUGUCCCUGCAGGCUGCGCACUGCCUGCCCUGUCCCGGAAUGCUGUGGUGACCUCUGAGCCCCGUCGA